AUGGCGGAGUCUUUGAGACGUUUGGUGAAUAUUGGCACAUUUACUGUGCUUCAAGAGAAGUUAGAGAGAUGGUUGCAAAAUUAUUAUAUCAACACAUGUGACCAGAAUGUGGCACGCUGUUGUGAAAUCAUCGAACUCAACGCCAAAGUGCAGGGGCAGCUCUUCAAACUUCUAAGUGUUACAGCAGAAGCUGGUGGUUUGUAUGGAGGGUCCGCCAUCAUUAAGUCCCGCCUCCUUCCCUUCCUUGGCAGUAACUUCUUUACUUCUGGAGGAGCUGUGACGGCUGAUGCCAGUUUGUCUGUUCUUGCUGAAGCUGCUGGCAAAAACCGUGAACUAGAUGAACUCCAGGAUAUGUAUGAGAAGUCUCUGCAGGAUUUAGAGGGCGACCUAGAUGACAAGAAGGCAGAGCUACAGGAUGUCAGAGAUGAGCUUUUGGACGCAAAGAAUGAACUUAAUCGCAGCAUGCGUUCUUCACAAAGUGACAAGAUGUUCCUGGAGACUGAAGUACAGGAGUUGAGGAGAAAGUUACUUGAAGCUAAAGAGGAGCUCAACCGAACUCUGCGUACAUCAACAAGUGAUAAAAUGUUAACCGAGGUCGAAACUAGAGAGCUUAGGCGGAAACUUGCACUAGCUGAGGAUGAAGUGCGCACAUUAAGAUCCAAAGCAGGAUUGCUAACUGAUUACGAAACCCAAGUGCGCCGCUUGCGUGACGAUAUCGCAUUGCUUACAUCUAGGAGAGAUUCUUUGUACCGCUCUUCUUCCUCCAUGUCAUUGCCCCUAAAGGAUGACACUUACUUGUCAUCACAUUCACAAUUAAAAGAUGACCUGCCUAAAAAGACCGAUUCUUAUAAAGAUAAGUCUGGGCUGGCUGACUCUCAAGAUGAAAUUGUCAAGUUACGAGCUAGGUCUGGUCUUGUUGAUGAUUAUCAGCGGGAGUUAAGGAAUCUUAGGGACGAGCUCUCUAUUGUCAGUUCCAAAAAGAGCUAUCUUGAUAGUGACUUGAUUGGAUCCCUGUCACGCUACAGUUACCCACUCCGUACUGGCUCUCCAUUGUCCUUCAAAGACCCUGUCCAGAAAGUGCGCCAGCACAACCUGGUCUCGCACUGGAAUGACCUGUUUGCUGGAGCCCGACUUGAUGCGUUAGAUACACUGCGCCGGUAUUCUGAUGACAAUGAAAAUAACCAACGCAUCAUCUUCAUUGCUGUACAGGAAGCAUACAGCGUGGCCAAAAUCGCAUUCCGUCAAUUCAAGAUGAAGGUACGUGCUAACCUGUCAGCCACUCACAUCGGCCCAGAGACCCUGGAAGAGGCAGUCCAGGACUACAUCAACAGGAAUACAGACCUGUACGAUCUGCCAGGAAUGGUGGCGGAUGUGAUCAGAGGACUGAACCGUAACCCCAAGAUCUUCCUGCCCCCUGACUGUACCUUCGCCAUCAUUCAACCAUUCAUCCGUGAAGUCUGCAAGCUUGCCUGGCAGAUGAAUGCCCUAGCUCACCCAAUGGACAUUUCAGUGGCUACAGAUGCUGAGUUGUUUGAUGACACUAAGUACAGAAGGAGUUAUGACUCUGAGUUCACUGCACCCCUUGUCAACCAUCACAUUUGGCCUUGUCUCAUGCAUGGAGUCAGGAUCAUCAUGAAGGGUGAAGCUGUGACUCUUCGUGGGGCCUCAUUGAGACAGUCCAGGAGGAGUAGAAGCCCUACUCGUUCCCGUUCCAUCAGUCCGAGCCCACGCCCUCGCUCCCGAUCUCGAUCUCUGAGCCCCUCCCGUCGUAGUCGCUCCCCCAGCCCACGCCGAAGCACCUACAGCUCAGGUCUGUGGUAACGACAGCCAUCUCUCAGCCAGUCUUGUCUGUAGCAGCAGGCUCUACAUCAAUAUUCUACUGUAUACCAUCAUCUAUAGACUGUCUGUCUCUAAAUCGCUUUGGUCGCACCUGCUGGCGAUCCUUACCAGCUAACCUCGUCCAUUGAACGUAACUUGGUGGUGGAUGCCAACCAGAAAAUAUAUUUUUGUCCUAGAUUUUAUAUAACUUAUGCUGUAGUGUGUUGGGCAUGGUGACCUUAAUGUAUAUAUCGUAUAUGUGUGAGCAUGUAUCCUACCUUGUACAGGAAAUUUGUAUUGUACCCUAACCGUUAAUGGGUGGUAGUACACUAUUAAUAUUUGUAACAUAUUUGUAUUAUUGGGUUUGAGUGGAAAGGUCAUUUUGUGCAAGAAAAAUUGUUCAUGCCUAUAGUUUAUAAAUGGAGAAAUAGUGUAAAAUGUUGUUUUUAUUUGCUUCCCAGUGAAUAGAAUACAAAUGUGGUAAUUGAAUUUGGGGUGGUUUACUCACUCAAGAUGAAGAUUUAUUAGUGUGAAAUUUUGUAUUAAAUGACCUCUACACAUUAUGUUGAGUGUGUUUUAGUAUUUAACUUUAUAGAAUUCAGUAUUUAUUGUGUGUUAUUGAUCUUAGUUAUUAAUAAAGUUCACUGGCUCUCUACCAGUAAGCUUAAAUACUUCUUUUUUUUCUCUCUGGAGUUCUAUGUCACACAUAUAUGUAGUUGUGACACCUGUGCUGUCAAGUCAGAUCUAACGUCCCAGUGACUCUCCUGGAGAAAGCUGAGGAUCCUGGCGCUACAGUUGUGAUCUUACAGUUCACACCAAUUUUCAUUUCAUCACCUGUGUGCAUUUCUGUGUGCUUAAUCUCUUUAAAUUGAUCCUCUGUUUCUUGACCCGAUAUGGGCAAUACUGUCCAAGCGACUGUGAUAAAAUUUUUAUGUUAUUGUUUGUUUUUGGAAGGCACAAUCAUUAUUUUUCCUUUAUUGUCAUAUUUCUGUAUGCUGUCCAGUAGAUUUUCCCUCGGUAUAUAUGUUAGGUCUUUAUCAGGAUAUCAGAAAUAUGUUGGAGAAUUUGUGUGGAGGCAUUCAUGGAACUGCAUAUUUUAAUGUCACGUUGAAUGAAGAUGUGUGUACAAGCGUCAGUUUGAAAAAUUUAUUUCCACAUGCAAAAAGUGCUAUUAUAUAAAGGUGUAUGUCAUGUUUCAACCUAUGAUGCUCCAUCCUUAAUCAAGUUAUGAUUUAAAUGUGUUUGAACAGAAACAUUGAGGCUUAUAAAUCAGGUUUACACAUGAUGUUAAGGAUGCAGGAGACUCAUUUUUUUCAAAUGUUUUGACUCUUUUUUCAGACCCGGUAUAUUAAACGGUGGUAAUUCACGGACGACAUGUAAGUUUGUUGAUCAUGUUAACACCCUCAGUGAUGUCAGAGAGUCAGGGCGGCCGUAACUGGUCAACACCAAGCAUUCCUUCAUUCAACCAUCCCAACCUUUCAUGUUGUGAGGCGUCAUUAUCAGUGCUUAGGACACAAUGGUUUCAAAACAUAUUGUUAAUGGUGAAUGUUUAACUUGUAUUUUUUUUUCCAAGACGAUUAUUUACAAAUGUUGUAGUGAUUUUAAUUCUGUCUUUUUUACACACCUCUCUAACACUUUCCUUCCACAUUUUGUCUGACGUGCCUGGAAACGUUUGUUUUAACGUUGUUUGACAGUCAUCUCUCCACAAACUAUAAAAAUCCUUGUCAACUUUCAAAUUGUCGACAGGGCAGUGAAAGUCUACAUGAGGCCAAAUUCAUGUUGAAAUUUGUGUCUAUGGAAAAAAAUUUUCCUGCGAAUCGUUCGUUUCCAUCAUUGAUAAUCAUUCAAGAAGUUUUUGUUUUAGGAUUUGGGUGUUUUUCUUUCAGGCUGUGAAAUCAUGAUUAUUUGUCUAUAUCAACUUUACAUUUCUGCUGUGAUACUGGUGAUGAAAUUUUUAAAGCUAUGAUCAUAUAUUCCAUACUUGUAAAUUGUAAUAUUGUAGAUAUAUUUAUUUUUUCAAUGUUGAGUUGAUUUUACAUGUUGAAGUAGAAAGUGCAGAGACAUCAAUUGUCCGUCCAGCUCGUUAAAUAUUAUAUCUUUUAAUGUCUUUUAGUCAUAAUUCAUUGUGAUAUAUAUCAUAUGGUAUUCUUUUGUAAUAUUAACAGGGAUAAACCUUUUAAGGGACAUUGUUAUAUGGUUUUUGUGUGAUAUUUCAUAGAUAUUUUUAGAUAAAAAAAAUGGAUUGAUGGAUAAGACUUUGUGUGGACCACCUGGAGAGAGUAUACAUUUGAGUAUUAUGCACUAGAAAAGCACUACCACAAGAAAGAGACUUUAUUUUAUUCAAGAGAAGUAUUGUUGAAGGAGCACUGUGCACAGAAUAUGUAUAUUGCCAAUUGAUCUGACUGUAUAUUAUUGUAGGUUUUAUACCAUAGUAAAAUCUA